CUCACACUCGGGAUCUUGAGAAUGAGAGAGAGAGGGGGGGAAGAGAGAGAGAGAGAGAGAGAGAGAGAGAGAGAGAAAGAGACCAGGGCAGGCUGUCACAACACCGACUCUAUAACUUGUGUGCCAAAUGAAACAUAACUAUAAGGGCUCAUAAAUGCCAUUUUAUUCCUUCUCUGCGAAACGAUAUGGAAAUAUACGCGCCGGCGCUCAGAAGUUGUUUGAUACGGGUGGUCGUAUAGAGCCGCGGACUUCAACAAGAAACUCAUGGGAGACAUCAGCGGGUGAGGUGGGCUGCUCUUAGGAACCCAUCAUGGACGACGGCCCUCGGCCAUUCCUCCGACUCUCAAACUCCUGUCUUGCUGGCUCCUCGCCCACAUCGCCGCCCUGUGUGUGAGCUGUUGACACCUGGGACGCCAUGACCCAGAUGGACUACAAAUACACCCUGCUGGGCUCCUCAGUGGAGGACUACCGGAAGAGGCCGCUUCUGCUGCAGGUGGACGACACACCCAUGAACCUGUUCGCUGUCCUGGAGGUGAAGCGGGAGCUGCCAAGGCGCUGGAGCACCCUGAGCUGCUUCCGCAAGGUCAAGCUGUACAGCUUUCUGUUCGGCCUGGCCGUCAUGUUCCUCAUCAUGGCCUCAUACAUUCUGACGGGGGACAAGAAGGGCCUCCUCCUCACCCCGUCCCCUUACCACUUCAGCAACCUGGUCAGCCCCGGGCCCUUUCCCUUCAACCUCUCCUCGGCCAAGGACUAUGCCCACAUCAAACUGGUGGUCAAGACCAUCACAUCCAAGGUGGAGUUUAGCAGCAGCAGGCAGCUCCCAGAACUCAAGGCGCUGAUCAACAGUGAGCCACAUAUGUUUUCCGUUAUCCCCCGCAAAUUCCUGCCUGGUGUCAAGAACCCAUGCUGGUAUGAGGAGUACACUGGGAAUAUCACUUCGGACCCUUACAGGACGAACUUGUACGCGCGCUACUCCAGGCGCUUCCGGACCGUGUUUGAGUACCUGAGGAACACUUUCCGGGAACACUUGUUACACCGCGACAGCAAACUGUACCGCAUGCGGUGCCUGCCUUACUUCUAUAUCAUUGGCCAGCCAAAGUGUGGCACCACGGACCUGUACGACAGGCUGAGGCUGCAUCCCGAUGUCAGGUUCACCACUUUCAAAGAGCCACACUGGUGGACCCGCAAGAGGUUUGGUAUCAUCCGUCUAAGUGAGGGCUUCCAUGACCGCUAUCCUGUGGAGGACUACCUGGAUUUGUUUGACCUGGCAGCUUACCAGAUCCAGGACUACUUGAGGGCAAACGCCAGCGGAGCCCCCAGCCAACACAACAUCAUCAUAGGAGAAGCGAGCGCAUCCACCAUGUGGGACAACAAUGCCUGGGUGUAUUUCUAUGACAACACAACAGAGGGGGAGCCUCCCUUCCUCAUCCAGGACUUUGUCCACGCCUUGCAGCCUGAUGCCCGCUUCAUCGUCAUGCUCAGGGACCCGGUGGAGAGGCUCUAUUCCGACUACCUUUACUUUGGUAUUGCCAAUAAGUCUGCAGAGGACUUCCAUGAGAAAGUGUCGGAGUCUCUGCAGUUAUUUGAGGGGUGCCUUAUGGAGUACACAAUGCGCUCCUGUGUGUACAACACCACUCUCAACAAUGCCAUGCCAGUCAGAUUGCAAGUUGGCCUGUACAUUGUGUACAUAAUGGACUGGCUAACCGUCUUCAGCAGGGAUCAGAUCCUGGUCCUGCGGCUGGAGGACCACGCCUCUAACAGGAAAUACACGAUGCACAAAGUCUUUGAUUUCCUGAACCUGGGGCCACUGACGGAGCAGAAAGAGGCAGAGAUCACUAAGAGCCCUGCGUCCAACACCAGGAGGCCGGCCGACAAAAACCUGGGACCCAUGCUCCCCAUUACCAAGGAGAUCCUGCGUGACUUCUACAUGCCCUUCAAUGAGAAAUUGGCCAAAGUCCUGCGGAACGACUCCUUCCGCUGGGAGAGCAGCUCUAAACUCAGUUAAAAACAAACAAACAAACAAAAGCAACCACUUGACAUGUCAGCCAAUCCCUUCGUUUUUGUUUCAUCUCUCUCAAGUGCCCAUGA